UGCUCCACAGCCAUAUGCUAACUUAAAUUUCACACCUCUCUCUCUCUCUCUUUAAUUCUCAGACACAUCGAUUUUCAAGAUCCAAACCAGAGCUACUGGGCUUUGAGCUUCUGACAGAUCUGUAGUGAAGAACCCAAUAAAACUCUCCAUUUUCAGGUCAGUUCUCUUCUCACCAAAUUUCAUAGUCUCUGCACCAUGCCCAUCAAACAAUAAGCUUAAUGCUGACCGACCCUGUUAGUUUCCUUCAGCUUUGUUUGCAAAUGUUUUGAUGAUACUUUUUACGGGUGAAUUGUGAACUGAGUGUUCAUGACUUGUGGGCGAUUCAUAAAAAACUGUAAAAUUUCAUACGCCCGUUUGUGUUGAGAGAAUUGGGUUUUCAAGUUUUGUGAUUUGGGUUGGUUGGGUGGCUGCGCAAUUGUGGGAAAAGUGAUUAGGGUUUAAGAUUUGAAAUCAUGAAGAUUAUGAAUUUGAGUAUUCAUGCGUGGACUGUUUGUGGGUUGUUGAUGGUAUUGUUCUUUAGCUGCUCAAAUUCAUCUCUUUACGGUGAAGAGUUUGAUCUUAGAAAUGAGCCUUCUGUGACCUACAAGUAUGAUAGGAUUGAUGAGGUAAAGAAAGCAUGUGGCUUUGUUCUGUCAUCAGCUUCUGAGUUGAAGCCUGAUGAUAACAGAGUUUAUAGUAUCAAGAAAGAGCUCCCUUUUGUGAAUGGGGAUUGGGUUCAAGAUGCUGGUGGGUUACCAUUAAUGCCAUAUGUUGUUAGAAAAUCUUGGGAUAACUCAUCUGAUUUUCAUACACCCAUGAAUUUAGUUUCUUUCUGGGUUACCGAUGUUGAUACUACCCGUCGAUUGAAGAACUCGGUCAGUGUCAGUGGGCUCUUGACACUAGGCAUUACUCUGGAAAAUUCAUUUGUGGAAAAAAUUUAUGGCCCUCAGUUCCAGGUAUGGCCUGGUAAUUCUCAGCUCUCAGUUUCUUUCCAAGGAAUCUACACAGAAUCAAAGGAAAAUAAUGGGGAAAAAGUAAUGUGCUUGUUAGGUACUACAAUGUUGCCUUCUCGGGAGCCUGAAUCUUCGGAUCCAUGGGCAUGGUUGGAGGCUUCUGGUCAUAGUUAUGACCAGCUGCCACUUUCAGAAGAUGAUCAAAUCUUACUUGUUCUUCGUUAUCCCAAGAAAUUCACCUUGACAAAAAGGGAAGUGCAUGGGGAAAUGAAGAGUUUGAACCCAAAAUCAAACCCUAAGUACUUUGAUGAAAUUCGCAUUUCUUCCCAGUUGAAUACUGCAUAUGAAUUCAGUUCUGAAAAGGUUGUGGCAAAAGCCUGUGAUCCUUACCCAUAUAAAGAUAGCUUUAUGAAUAAUGGGAUUGAAAUUUAUAAGGAUACAGAGUUUUGUGCAAUUAUUCAGAAAUUUAGUCAGGGGGAAGCUUUCACCAUCGUGCCAAACUGGAGAUGCAAUGGAACAGAUGAGUACUGCAGUAAGUUGGGUCCAUUUGUGACAGAUAAGGAGAUUAAAGCUACAGAUGGGGGUUUUCAAGAAGUGAAACUUUUUAUGCAGAAUGUUCACUGUGAGGAAAAAACUGCACGUGACAAUACCAACUCUGCACGGGUUUCUGCAGUGUUUAGAGCUGUUCCUCCUUCUGAGUAUCCAUAUACUGCAGCUCAGAGAAGUGGGCUAAGCAACAUGACUCUUCCUGCUGAGGGAAUUUGGAGAUCGUCCAGUGGGCAGCUCUGCAUGGUUGGUUGCAUUGGCUCCACGGAUGCAGAAGGGAGUGGCUGUAAUUCUCGAAUCUGUUUAUACAUUCCUGUGUCUUUUUCUGUAAAGCAAAGAAGCAUAAUAGUUGGGACUAUUUCGAGCAUUAGUAAUGAUCACAGCUCAUACUUCCCUUUGUCAUUUGAAAAGCUAGUUCAACCUUCAGAGAUGUGGGACUUAAACCAUUUCAUGUCUUCCCAUCUGCAUUACCAGUACACAAAACUUGAUUCUGCUGGUAGCAUCCUAGAGAAAAAUGAGCCCUUCAGUUUUGGAACUGUCAUAAAAAAAUCAUUGCUGACAUUCCCUAAAUUAGAAGAUGCAGAGGCAUCGCCAGUCAGUCUUUCUAUUCUGUCAGAAGAUCUCACACUCCAUGUCUCUGCUAUUCCUGAUCCACCCCCUAGGUCUCCAGUCCCAAGAAUUGAGAUCCAGAUGGAGAUUGUCUCUCUUGGCCCUUUGUUUGGACGCUAUUGGUCAAAUGGUUCCACUGUAGAGGAGGACACUCCUUACCAUACUAAGGCUGAAUAUACAGAAAAACAGCUUCUUCUGAAUGUAUCAGCUCAACUAAUGCUUACUGGAAAAGCUUAUAAGAAUUUUUCUGUGGUUUUUGUUGAAGGUCUUUAUGAUCCACAUGUUGGGAAGAUGUACCUUGUUGGUUGCAGGGAUUUCCGGGCCUCAUGGAAAACUUUAUUUGAGAGCAUGGAUCUUGAAGCUGGGUUGGACUGUUUAAUUGAAGUGAUUGUGUCUUAUCCACCCACUACAGCUCAGUGGUUAACGAAUCCAAUUGCUAGGAUUUCUAUAACUAGCGCAAGGAAUGAAGAUGACCCUCUCCAUUUUAGCACAAUCAAGUUCCAAACUCUCCCAAUUAUGUACCGGAGACAGCGAGAAAACAUUCUCUCUCGCAGAGGUGUAGAGGGGAUUCUCAGGAUUCUGACACUUUCUGUGGUGAUCGCUUGCAUUGUGAGCCAACUGCUAUACAUCAGAGAUAAUGUGGAUUCUGUUCCUUACAUAUCUCUUGUCAUGCUAGGUGUUCAGGUUCUUGGGUAUAGCCUUCCUCUGAUCACAGAUGCAGAAGCUCUCUUCAAGAAAGCAUCUGAUUCUUAUGGGACACCAUCAUACGAGCUUGAUAGGAAUCAAUGGUUCCAUGUAAUUGAUUACACAGUGAAGCUUCUUGUGCUGGUUUCAUUUCUACUAACUCUAAGGCUUUGUCAGAAGGUGUGGAAAUCGCGUAUCAGAUUACUAACACGGGCUCCUCUUGAGUCACACCGUGUCCCAAGUGAUAAGUGGGUGUUUAUUACUACCUUGAUCAUACAUGUGAUUGGGUAUAUAAUUGUUCUGAUCAUUCAUGCUGCACAAACUGGUGAGAAAUUUCGAACAGAAAGUUAUGUUGAUUCAAAUGGAAAUUUCCAUGUGCAGCGAGAAUGGGAAACAGAACUGGAGGAGUAUGUGGGUCUUGUCCAAGAUUUUUUCCUGCUUCCUCAGGUAAUGGGGAACUUUGUGUGGCAGAUCCAUUGCAAACCACUCAGAAAACUGUAUUUUAUCGGGAUCACAGUUGUCCGGCUUCUUCCUCACUUCUAUGAUUACAUAAGGGCUCCUGUUUCCAAUCCUUACUUCUCUGAAGAAUAUGAGUUUGUGAACCCAAACAUGGAUUUCUACUCCAAGUUUGGGGACAUUGCCAUACCAGUCACCGCAUUUUUUCUCGCUGUGAUAGUCUAUAUUCAGCAGAGGUGGAAUUACGAGAAGCUCAGCCAGAUACUUACUUUGGGUAAGCGUAGGCUUCUCCCUCUGGGUUCGGCAGUGUAUCAGAGGUUGCCCUCCAAGUCAUUUGAGGCUGAGCUUGCUUCUGGUGUCAAUGAGAAUGCCACACACGAGAAAGAUCAUGAUGGUGAGGAAUGAUCAGAACCCUCCAAAUUACUGAAAGAAAUAGUUGUAAACAUAGAAGUAUAGUAGAUGUUCUUCGGACGGUUUGUUGUUAAACAUAAGCCAUUGUCCCUCCUGAAAGAAUAAUUGAAGACUUGGCUUCCCUGGCAUAAUCUGAAUGUUCAUAUUUUGUCUUUUGCUUGUUUCUCAGAAGGUCCAAUUAGCCACUAAAUGUUAGUGAAAUAUUGCUAUGGUCUUCUGAGAAUUUCUUGUUCACAGCUUAUCUAUGAUUGAGGUAGCAUUUCAUUCAAAGAGUGGAACUGAAUUUGUACCCUUAACUUACUUGGAAUCCAGAUUAACUGAAGAUUUUCUAA